CAAACGAAACGAAACCGAGCGAACAAAAUGGUUAGAGAGAAGGUUUCGUCCGUCGUAUUUCAGAUUUUCUUUUGUUUUUGUCUUAUUCAAGGAACUGCUGGUGAUUCAAGUUCACAAACAGAUACUAACACCAUAGUGGGAAAGCCUAAACUUGGUAAGAAAGGCAACAAAAUCUAUCGAUCUUGAGCUCACUUUACGGGUUUUGCUGGAUACUUUAUUUCAUCGGCGCCAUGUAUUUUUUUUCUAAGCAUGGCAAGGCCCCUUAUCAACAGCCUCAUCCUAAAAACGAGCUGUAAAAUUUAUGUACAGGGUAAGAGUUCCGUACAACCUCUGGGAGGGGAGGUGGGGAUGCGGGCGGGGGUGGGGGGUGCGCACGUGGGUACUCGACCUAUAUUUGGGUAUAGAUGAGCCGCUAAAGGUUUGAAACCCUGAUCCCGUUUAGGACAAAAUAUUCCCAAACCACAUUCUUUAAUCUAGCCGAACUAACUUCAAAAGGGAAAAAUCACAAAAUAAACUUCAUUAUAAAGAUUUAUAUGUUUGAUUUGGCAUCUGAAUCAAAGCUGGUCCACAGCUGUCAUUCUCGGCUGAGCCAGCCGUAGAGAACAUCUGAGCCAAACCAAAUUCAAUUAGCUGUUUUGAACUGAUUCAGAUGCCGUGCUUCACAUAAACGUAAUUAAAUGAAUUUGAUUUGGCCCACCUAAAGUACAGUGUCUGAACCACACUUUAAUAGGUGCAUUUAUGUUUCAGGCCACAGUUGCUCAAAGGUGGAUAACACUGUCCACAAGAUAAAACAUUAUCAAGCAGAUACAUUUGGGAAAGCAAUUGUGUUAUCCAGUUGGAUAGCAUAAUCCACUUUUUCAACAGCUGUGGCUAGGGCUAGAGCACUCUCCAUCCCCAGGCCGGCUUCUUUAGACAUUUUACUUCUAGUUAUGGUUAAUACUGCCUUUUAGACAGUUUUGUUAGAGCCCGCUAGACUGCAAGUAUUUGUCCCUCUCUUUCCUCAGGGAUAGUAGAUUGAAUGCAUAUAAAAAUAACCACCCAGAAUUGUGCAGAGAUAAAUGAAGAGAGAAAAUGAGGGACUACAGACUAAAGCCCAGGCCCCAUACAGUUGUUCAAAAGGUGGGUAACACUAUCCACUGGAUAAAUCACUAGUGGGUAAGUAUUAGGGAAACCAAUUGCACUAUCCACUGGAUAGAGAUUUAUUCGCAGGAUAGCGCAAUCCACCUUUUGAACAACUGGGGCGAGNACCACCCAGAAUUGUGCAGAGAUAAAUGAAGAGAGAAAAUGAGGGACUACAGACUAAAGCCCAGGCCCCAUACAGUUGUUCAAAAGGUGGGUAACACUAUCCACUGGAUAAAUCACUAGUGGGUAAGUAUUAGGGAAACCAAUUGCACUAUCCACUGGAUAGAGAUUUAUUCGCAGGAUAGCGCAAUCCACCUUUUGAACAACUGGGGCGAGGUGUCUAACUUUGUGCAUUGCUGUAGCCUAAGAAAACAGCUGAAAUUGGGCGAUGCCACCACUGGUUUUCCCCGCAAAUAGAUGUCUGAGAAAAGAGUGCAGAAAUUCCAUACUGAUAAUGCAUCACUACCUAGAUCUGGGUAGUGCUUCUUGAUUGCUUGAAGCAAAUUUCCCAUGCAGCACAACCAAUCAGAAGCACUACCCAAUUUGGAGGUGGGGGUACUAUGGAUUUCAAGUGUCGGGGAUGAUUGAAUGGGGGCAAAGAUCCAAACCCCAAAACAUCCCUGGAUCAAUUAACCCCCAAAAAAUUCCAUGCUGAAUUUCCGAGGCUUAAAAAUUUCCAGAAAUAGUUAAAUGAUAUACAGUGGAACCUCGAUAUCUCGAUAUAACGAACCUCUAUAUAAUGAAGUCCUCAGUGUAACAAACGAUUUUCUUCACCCCAGUAAGUAGUAAUAUUAGUUUUCUCAGGCUAGCAUUACUUUGACAAUGAUGUUUACCACAUUUGAAACAAUCAAUGAUUUAACUAGAAACCUAACAAGAUAUUUGUUCAUUUUCAGACAUAACUGUCGGAAUUAGCAUUGGACUGUUUGUGUUAUUUCUUGGAAUGGCAAUCUUCGUUUACAAACCAAAGAGGAAAAGAUUUCCUGUCAGAACAACUUACAGUGAAAUAGGACAGGACCAACCCAUGCCAGUGUAAAUAUUUGGGAAAAAUGGUCUGAUUAAGGACAGUAAUCUGAUUGUUACUGAUUGUCAGGAAGUGAAAGUUACGGAGGGACCAAGGCCUAAGUUAUCAUUAUGAACUUUAAAGUCCACAUCUUCCAGUAGAUCUUUAAUGGUCAUUGAUUAAAUGGAAGGAGUUCAUAUUUGAAGAUGUCAACACAGUCUUACAGUUGCUGCUUCUGGUGAUGGCUAAUGUUGCCCUUCCAACACUAUACUUGGGGGAUAUGUUUCUUUGUCACAAAGCAGUGAUUUUGUCAUUUACAAGUAAUUUCUCAAGUUCUUUAGCAGACAUCACGGAGAUCGCAGACUCACUUCAGCUUACCGGAAGCCAAAUUAUACGGAUUUGUAUAGGAAUUUAUCAUAACAUCGAUAAAACAGUGAAAAUGUACACAAACAACUAUUAAAGUAUACAUACCUCAUGAAGAGUUGUGUCUGUGUUGCUUUCUUACUUUUUCCUGCCCUGUGAAUGCCAUCUUAGUAGGGGGGAAACCAAAACAUUAAAACUUGCUAAAAUGGCAUUUAUACGGCAGGAAACAGUAAGAUGGUAAGAAACAGGAAGAUGUUAGGAAAUCUUCACUUCGUUUUCAAGGGCCCAAAGUAUUUAAUUCCCUUAGCUCUGAAAUUCAGAAUGCCUCUAGUAUUGCUGUGUUUACUUUUUAACUAAAGUCAUUUUUCUUGGUAUAAGCACCUUUACUUCUCUUAAUACUUGUAUGUAGUUUUUCGCUUCUUUCUCGUAAUUUUGCAUUAUUUUAUCUUACUUUUUCUUUUUUGCUUUUGCACUUGUACGUUCAGCCUUAUCUAUUUUUAUCCUAUGAAAUUAUUGUUGUCUUUGUU